CUGUGCUAACUCCAGUUAGUUGUCAGACUAUAACAACAUAGUGUUAUUUUAUAGGGGGAAGAAAAAGAGGCCUAGAGAAAGAUGACAACCAGGCUAUGGACAUAAAGGCAAGAGGUCUGAGAGCAGUUCUAGACUCAGAAUAAUUCGCUAACUGGAUCUUGGGUUUGCUUACUUGAGGACUCCUUAAAGCUUUUUACCCCUGGAGCCAAUCACAGGGCAGCCGGAAGAGAUUUACCAAACAGGCCACUUCUCCCCGCUCUGAGCCUUUGGGUGCCUCUACUGAUUCGGGUUUACAUUGAGAGAUUCCCUUCUACCUCAAGUCAUAAUGUCGAUGGCCUCCUGCUACCAGCAUAAGUUGACUGAGAAGCUCACUAUUCUGAAUGACCGAGGGCGUGGGGUUCUUAUUCGCAUUUAUAACAUCAAGAAGACUUGUUCAGACCCUAAAUCCAAGCCACCUUUUCUACUGGAAAAGUCUAUGGAAUCAUCUGUCAAGUAUAUCAGCAAGAAAUUUCCCAACAUAGAUGUCCGAAGCAGCACGCAACAUUUAGGACCUGUUCAUCGGGACAAAACAGAGAUUGUCAGAUUUCUCACCAGCUAUUACCAAUCAUUUGUGGACGUCAUGGAAUUUCGGGAUCACGUAUAUGAGCUUCUCAACACCAUUGAUGCCUGCCAGUGCCAUUUUGACAUCAACCUCAACUUUGACUUUACUAGGAGCUACCUUGAUCUGAUUGUGACUUACACCUCAGUUAUUUUGCUGCUGUCCCGGAUUGAGGACCGGAAGGUACUCAUUGGCAUGUAUAAUUGUGCUUUUGAGAUGACACAAGGACACAGUGACCCCAGCUUUGCUCGUCUGGGCCAGAUGGUUUUGGAAUAUGAUCAUCCCUUGAAAAAGCUGACGGAGGAGUUUGGCCCCCACACAAAGGCUGUGAGUGGGGCCCUCCUCUCCCUGCACUUCCUCUUUACUCGAAGGAACCACGGGGCUGAACAGUGGCGGAGUGCCCAGCUUCUGAGCCUCAUUAGUGCUCCUCCAACCAUGAUCAACCCUGCCAAUUCAGACACGAUGGCCUGUGAGUAUCUCUCCUUGGAGGUGAUGGAACGUUGGAUUGUUAUAGGGUUCCUUUUGUGCCAUGGAUGCCUUAAUGCCAAUCCCCAGUGCCAGAAGCUGUGGAAGCUGGGUCUGCAGGGCUCCUUGUACAUCACCCUCAUCCGGGAAGAAGUGCUUCAGGUGCACAAGGUCACCGAAGACCUGUUUGGCAGUUUGAAAGGGUACGGCAAACGAGUGACAGAUAUAAAAGAAAGCAAGGAGUAUGUGGUGAAUAACAGUGGCCAGUUUCAUUGCCAGCGCCGAGAGUUUUUGAGGAUUGCAGUGAAGGAGCUGGAGAUUGUGUUAAUGGAUGAACCAGGACUACUGGGUCCUAAGGCACUUUUGGCCUUCUUGGCUCUGUCCUUUAUUCGGGAUGAAGUCAAUUGGUUGGUUCGUCAUGCAGAAAAUGUCACCAAGACAAAGACUCCGGAGGACUAUGCUGACCUGCAUAUUGCAGAACUGCUUUUCUUGCUGGUGGAGGUGAGAGGUCUGAUCCAAAAGCACAUCAAAGUCAUCCAGCGCUAUCACCUUCAGUACCUUGCUAGGUUCGAUUCUCUUGUGCUCAGUGACAUCAUCCAGAACCUGUCAGUAUGUCCAGAAGAGGAAUCCAUCAUCAUGUCUUCUUUUGUCAGCACUCUCUCCUCACUUAACCUCAAACAAGUUGAUACUGGAGAAAAGUUUGAUUUUUCUGGAUUGAGGUUGGACUGGUUCCGACUACAGGCAUAUACCAGUGUGAACAAGGCUCCCUUGCACUUAUAUGAGAAUCCUGACUUGGCCAAGGUGAUGAACCUCAUAGUCUUUCACUCUCGAAUGCUGGACUCAGUGGAGGAGAUACUGGUAGAGACCUCUGAUCUCUCCAUCUUUUGUUUUCAUCUCCGUACCUUUGAGAAGAUGUUUGCUUUGACCCUGGAGGAGCCCACCAUGCUGCGCUAUGCCAUUGCCUUCCCCCAGAUUUGUGCCCACUUUGCCCACUGCAGCCAUGAGAUGUGUCCAGAAGAGUAUCUCCACUUGAAGAACCACGCUCUUCAUUACUGCAAUUCCUUCCUGGAAGAUCUGGCUAAGCAAACGAGUACCUGUAUCCUAGAUAUCUGCGCUGAGCAGCGAAAUCUGAGUGAGCAGCUGCUUCCUAAGCACUGUGCCACCACCAUCAGCAAAGCCAAGAACAAGAAGACCAUGAAACAUAAACAGACCUCUAAAAAGGGGGAACCUGAGAGGGACAAACCAGGGGCUGAAAGUCAUCGAAAGAACCGUAGUGUUGUUACAAACAUGGACAAGUUGCACUUGACCUUGACGGAGUUGGCUCUGACCAUGAACCAUGUGCAUAGUCUCUCUGUGUUUGAGCACACUAUCUUCCCUUCCGAGUAUCUCAGCAGCCAUCUGGAAGAACGGCUCAACAGAGCCGUUGUGUGGCUGGCUGGUUACAAUGCCACCACCCAGGAGAUUGCCAGGCCCUCCGAAGUGCUGGCGGGGGUCAAGGCUUACAUCGGCUUCAUUCAGUCACUGACCCAGUUGUUGGGUGUGGACGUUUCUCGGGUCAUCCGGAACGCUCUCCUGCAGCAGACGCAGCCGCUGGACUCCUCGGGGGAGCAGACCAUCACCACUCUCUAUACCAACUGGUACCUGGAGAGCCUUCUGAGACAAGCCAGCAGUGGGACUAUCAUUCUCUCUCCAGCCAUGCAGGCCUUCAUCAGCAUCCCCAGGGAAGGGGAGCAGAGCUUCAGUGCUGAAGAAUUCUCUGAUAUUUCAGAGAUGCGGGCUUUGGCUGAGCUCCUAGGACCCUAUGGAAUGAAGUUUCUAAGUGAGAACCUGAUGUGGCACGUGACGUCCCAGAUUGUGGAACUGAAGAAGCUGGUAGUAGAAAACAUGGAUGUGCUGGUACAGAUUAGAUCCAACUUCAGCAAGCCAGAGCUCAUGGCCUCUCUGCUGCCCCAGCUGACAGGAGCUGAGAAUGUGUUGAAACGAAUGACUAUAAUUGGGGUCAUCCUCAGCUUUAGGGCCAUGGCUCAAGAGGGCCUCCGAGAGGUUUUCUCUUCCCACUGCCCAUUCCUCAUGGGCCCUAUUGAGUGCUUGAAGGAUUUUGUCACUCCAGAUACAGAUAUAAAGGUGACCAUGAGUGUCUUUGAGCUGGCCUCUGCUGCAGGUGUGUGCUGUGACAUCGACCCUGCCCUGGUGGCUGCCAUUGCCAACCUGAAAGCAGACACCUCAUCUCCUGAGGAGGAGUACAAAGUAGCCUGCCUGCUCCUGAUCUUCCUUGCAGUCUCCAUCCCUCUCCUAGCCACAGACUCCUCUUCUUUCUACAGCAUAGAGAAGGAUGGCUACAACAACAACAUUCACUGCCUGACCAAAGCCAUCAUUCAGGUGUCUGCUGCCCUGUUUACUAUUCAUAACAAGAACAUCGAGACUCACCUCAAGGAGUUUCUGGUGGUGGCCUCUGUCAGUCUUCUCCAGCUGGGACAGGAGGUGGAUAAACUGAAGUCUAAGAACCGAGAGUCUAUUUCUUUGCUCAUGCGCUUGGUGGUGGAGGAGUCCUCCUUCCUUACCCUGGACAUGCUGGAGUCCUGCUUUCCCUACGUCCUGCUCCGAAACGCCUACCGAGAGGUUUCCCGAGCCUUCUACCUGAGCCGAGUGCAGGCCAAUGCCCACUGAGGGCCCCCUGGGCUCCCGCCCGGGGCGUGGAAACGGGCCCUGCCUGAGGGGGUUGACGGGGUCGCUGCGGGACAAAGGCUGUGUCCACACCGGGCCAGUCUGCAGACACACGGGAGGGGCUGCUGGGAGAGAAGGGAACCAGGCAGAGGGAGGGUCAGUGUGGGUGGUGGGCAAGAAUUUCUGGAAACGGGUGAUCUUGGAACAAAAGGGGAGUCCCAGGGAAACCUGGGGCCGAGGGGCUCCCUGAUGUGAAAUCUACACUGGUGAUAUGCAGAUGAGAUGCAAAUCAUAGGCAAAUGAGCUCUUGGAGAAGCUUGGGCCUUGGCUGUUAUCUGCUCUGUCCACUCCUCAUUGCUACUGUUUAUCGCUAUUCCAGGAUGAUGCUCUCCCGACAGAAGUGAUCAAUCAUCAUAUAAACCAUAAUGAUUUUGUAAUCCUUCCUCUGGAGCUUCCAUUGUCUCCUGCACAUUCAUUUAGGGCAAAUCUCCUCCCUUCCUCUCAGAGAUCUGUUCAGCAAACAGCCUGCUCCCACGAGGGGCUAACUGGAGAGCAGGAGCCUCCUCCCUGGGGACCCUGAGAGGUCGGAGUCACACCCCCAGCCUCUGUGGAACCCCGGGGGGGGCAGCUAGAGGGGACCUGGGCCCUUAAUUUUCAGUUAAACCCCAGGAUCUUAGAUCAGAGCUGAUAGAAGGAACCUUAGGGAUGAUUUAAUCCAUUUUACAGAUGAGGAAAAUGGGAGCCACAGAGAAACACUCUGGGAAGGUCACAGUGGCAGGGCCUUAGGCAAAGAGGGUCUCUCCUCUGCCAAGUCUCCCAUAGAAAGUUCUGCUUUCCAUGUUUCCUUAAAUUCUUCUUGACUUUGUUAAAUUCCCAGCAGCUUGGAGAGCAACUGCAUUGCCCCUAAUCACCCCGUACCUCAAAGGCUCCUCAGGACUGCGACCCCCAGGUGUCCAUGCUGCCCUCGGGCAAAGCUCAGUCUUUUUGGGCUGUUUCACAAUUCAGUCUCCUCCCUGGGGUGGGGAGGGCCUUGGGCUGGGAUUUCCCUUUCAGUGUUUCCGUUCUCAUUAGUCUGAGCCCAGCAUCCUUCUGGGAGCCAAAUUGUUUCAACUUUAGCCUUUUCUGCACUAAUUGGAGUUUCAAUUGUCAGGGAGCCUGGGGCAUCUCAGAUAACCCUGGACUUUGUUAGCAAAUAACUGCCUCCAUCUGUCAUUUCCUUGCUCCUGCUAGAGCCCAGGCCAUAGAUCCUAGAUGUUCUGAUCUGGAGUGGUGGGCAGAGAGUAAUUAAUAACUGGAUUAAUUAGGGUUCUAAAUAUAUUUUUAUGAUGACUAGGGGAAUUGCUUGAUGUUUAGAAAACCAUUUUGACCUUCAUUAGAUACCUGUAUUUUUGUUCAUUCACUUUAUUUAUUCAACAAAUAUUAAGGCCUUAACUAAAACGAUAGCUAGGUGGUGCAGAAGGUAGAAUGAAGAUCUGAGUUCAAAUAUGGCUUAUUAAUUGUGUGAUAUUUAAUAGGAAAGUUCUGCUUUCAAUGUGCCUUAAUCUCUUUACUUUGUUAAAAAUCAUAACAGCUCAGAGGGACUGUAUUGCCCCUAACCACCCCACACUUCAAAGGCAUAGAAGGACUGAGAACCUGCUCUCCCCUUAACCCUGUUUGCCUCAUUUAUCUAUAAAAUGAGCUGAAGAAAGAAAUGGCAAACUGCUCCAUUAUCUUUGCUAAGAAAACCACACAUGGCAUCAUGAAGAGUUGGACAUGACUGAGAAAAAAGGCAAUAAUAGCUUAAGUAAAUAAAGCAUUUCUUAAAGGUA